AUGGCUAUAGCUUUGUGGUUUUAUGAUUCAUGUAUUCCAAUGAAUGCUUGUAAUUCUCCCUAUUACCAACAAGCAAUUGAAAUAAUAGCAAGUAUGGGUUAUGGUUAUCAAGGACCUAGCUAUCAUACUUUAAGGGUUAAUUUGUUGAAAGAUGCAAAGAAGCAAGUUGAAUUAAUUGUUGACAAUUUACGUAGUAAAUGGGCUGAAACUGGUCGUACAAUUAUGGGUGAUGGCUGGAAGGAUAAUAGGCAAAGAAUUUUGAUCAAUUUUUUGGUCUAUUGUCCUAGUGGGAUCUCAUUCAUCAAAUCUGUUGAUGCUUCAAAUUUUGAGUCUAAUGCUGAAUAUUUGUGUAAUCUGUUUUCAGAAAUUGUUGAGAUUGUUGGAUCUAGUAAUGUUGUUCACAUGGUCACAGAUAAUACAAGUAAUUAUAAAGCUGUUGGUCGAUUACUUUCUGAAAAAUAUCCUACAAUUAGUUGGUCUCCUUGUGCAGCACAUUGUUUGAAUUUAAUUAUGAAAGAUGUUGGAGAAAUGACUCAUGUGAAAGAUGUAAUUACUCUUGCUUCAAGAGUCACUGUGUAUAAUCUUCAUGAUUUGAAACAGCAUUUGGAGGCUUUAGUGACUUCUAGUGCAUAUAAGAGAGAGUUGAAAAAUGAAAAAGGUAAAGAAGUCAAACAAAUUGUUGUUGAUGGGAAGUUUUGGAAUAAUUGUUUGAUUAUUGUGAGAAUUAUGGGUCCAAUUAUGCGCUUGUUGCGCAUCUGUGAUUCUGAUGAAAAACCAUCAUUGGGUUAUGUAUAUGAAGGCAUAUGGAGAGUUGUUAAUGGCAUUAAAGAACUGUUUAAGAACAAGAAAAAGUUCUACGGCCCAUACAUUGAUAUAAUUGAUAGGAGGUUUUCAUAUAAAAAGAGGUCUUAUGAUCCGGUGGAUUAUGAAACUAUUGAUAAAGUUGAAUUUUGGGUAGUUGAUGAGGAACAAGAAGGAAAGCUUGAUUAUGAUGAGUUAGAAGAAAUGAUUGAAGAAGAAUUUCCCAAAAAUAGCGAAAAUGAAGCCUCUCAAUCACAUAAAAAAGACAUCAAUAUUAUGCAACUUGAUUAUGAGGAUGAUCUUGGUGAUAUCGACUUCGAAAGUUAUGAAAUUGGAGACAAGGAUGAUGAAGAUGAAGAUGAAGAAUGGCUUAGAUAG